AUGAUUUGUAAUAAUUUAUUAAAUAAACAAUAUUUAAUAUCAUUUCCAAAGGAUGAGAAUAUUAAAGAAUUGAUAAAAAAACAUAAAGGACCAAAUGAAGAUAGUUUUAAAGAAUUUGCAAAAUUACAAAUAACUAUUAAUAAUAAUUCUAAUGAAAUAAAUAAAGAUAAUAUAUUUAUAUCAGCAAAAAAUUGGAUUGAAUUUGAAGAAAAAGUUGAAUUAUUAUCUUUAUCCAAUUCAUCAGCACCGUUAUCAUCAAAACUAUUGGAAAAUGAAAAAAAUAUUAUUAAAGAGGAAGAACCGUGUAUCGUUUUUUUAUUUUCAGGACAAGGAGCACAAUUUAAUCCAUUAAUAUUUGAAUUAUAUAAUAGUGAGCCAAUAUUCAGAGAGACUAUGGAUAAAAUCGAUGAAAUAAUGAAAAUCUAUUUAGGUUUUUCAACUAUUGAAAAAGUUAGACAAUAUAAAGAUGAAUUUGAUCCAGAAUUAAACACAAAUCAAAUGAUAACUCAAAGUAUUUUAUUAAUAUCACAAAUUUCAAUCUAUAAAUUAUUUACAGAACAUUGGGGUUUAAAACCAACGAUAGUAUUUGGACAUUCAUUUGGUGAAAUAGUUGCAAGCUAUGCAAGUGGUAUGAUUCAAGAUUUAGAAACACUUUGUUAUGUUAUUUACAAUAGAGGAAAAUCUCAACAAAAAACAUUUGGAACUGGAAAAGGAAUGAUAUGGGUAGAUUUAGGUAAUGAAGAAUUUCAAGAGAAAUUUUGCACAAAAUUCAAAUCAGUUGAAGUUUGUUGCAUUUUAUCACCUUCAAAUGUUACAAUUGGUGGUGAUAAAGUUGAAUUGGAGCAAAUCGUUGAGCAAUGUAAACUUGAAUCAAUCAACACAAAAGUUUUAUCAAUUCCAACUGCAUUUCAUCAUUCUUGUCAAGAUUGUCUCUAUGAUGAUAUGAUGAAAUUACAAUUUAAAUCAUAUCCACCAAAAGCAGAUAUUCACCAUAUUUCAACAGUAAAGGGUACUUUAUUUAAUAAAGAUUUUUACAUUAACAAAGAAUAUGUAUUUGAAAAUUUACGUGAUCAAGCAAGAUUAGCAUUGGGUAUAAAAAAUGUAUUCCAACAUAUUGAAAACUCUAAUCUUGGUAGAAAUGUUUGUUUCAUUGAAAUUGGACCAAGACAAUCAUUAUUAAAUUAUAUAAUUAAACAAACUCCACCUUUAAAUAAAUCUGAAAAUGGCAAUAAUUAUUUUAAAUCUGUAAAAACCUUUGCUUCAUUAACAAGAGAUAAAGGUAAUGAAGGUAUUCAUGAAACUUUAAUUCAAUGUUUUAAACAAGGUUAUAAAAAUUUAAAUUUUUUAAAUCAAUUAAAUUGA